AUAAAAGUAAAAAAUCCAAAUGAAAAUCAACUUUAAAUAAACCAUAAAGUAUUUAAAAGUUAAAAUAAAACAAAAUACAACAUAAAUAGAAAAAAUAUUUUAAAUAAAUAAACUCAUAGUAAAAUGAAAUGAAAGGAAUUUUAAAAGCCAGCCAUAAAAUAACAAAGUGAAAGAAAAGAUAAAAUCCAUAAAAUAUACAGAAAUAACUAAAACAUUCUUUAAGUUACACCAAAAAAAAAAAGAACUAGAAAAAAGGGAAAUAAACUGAAAACCAAAUUACACUACGCUAAUACGUAUAUAUCACAGAUAUAGCCAAAAAAAUAUAUAAGAAAAAGACUGAAUGAAACAAUUACAGCAAAAAGAACAGCAGUGGAAUAAGGAAAGCGAAAAUCAACGGCAGCCAUGAAACAUUCAACAAUAUUUUGGAUAUACUGGUUGACAUUUGUCAGCAUACAUCACAAUCAAUUACAGUGUACAAGUGCUGUCGUAGUUAAACAACAGCAGCUACAGCUACAACCAUUUCAGCAGCUACAUAAAACAGCUGCACUAUCAACAUCAGCGCUAAUAAAACGACGACAGCACCAACAACAGCAACAGCAAAAACAGCAACAAUGGUUUCCCCAGGGAACAACAAAAGAAGUAAUAGGUGAUGUUGUCGACUUGCCUCUCGAUAUCGAUGUGCCAAAAGAAAAUCAUGAAAAGAAUGUAGAGAAAAAUAACUUGGCAAAAGCCCUCAAUGUUAAACAAAAGAAAAAUGCAAUAAAAACUCUACAACAAGCAGCGGCAGCUAAAGCAAAAACAGCAACUACAUCAACAUCAACAACAACAUCGCCGACAACAGCUACAUCAACAAAAUUAUUCAUGCAACAAUUGCUGAAGCAACAUGAGGAAACAUUACAAAAAUUAAAUGAUACUGGCGGUUCUCAAGCUGGCGGCCUAACCAAUGUUGAUGAUGCUGAUGAGGAUGAUGAUGAUGAUUCUUUCGAAAUACACUCAGCCGAAAUGAAAACAUUGCCUAACAUACCAAUUACAAAACAAUAUCAAAGCCGCAGUGAUAACAACACCAAAGACUCUCUGUUGUUUGGCUUUAAGGAAAAUCUUCAAAAUUUACUUAAAUCGAAUAUUAGUCAGAUUAAGUUACAACCGGAAUUUAAUGAAGAAUAUGUGUCGACAGCAACAUCAUCUACUAUUAAACGGGCGGCAAUAAUGUUGCAACCACAAUCCACCACUACUGCCGCAAUGACACCCACAACACCAGCAUCUACAAUGCCCUCAACUUCCGAUGCAGCAGCCGCACCAACACCUACAACAAACCGGCAGUAUAACAUGUUUUAUGCUCAUUCAACUCCCGUUGAACGUCGUCAUAUUAUACCCGAAAAAUUGCAAUAUACUAGAGAGCUGUAUAUCAAACAGGGUCGCCUUAUGGGUAUUAAACGCAAUUUUCAACCCUCGUCUGGUUUACGUGCCGUUGAUCAAUAUCUUGGUUUACCUUAUGCAGAGGCUCCUGUGGGUAGUCGUCGCUUUAUGCCACCAGGUGCUGCUUUGCCCUGGCAAGGAUUAAAAAUGGCUCAUCACCUACCGCCCGUGUGUCCCCAGAAAUUACCGGAUAUCUCAUUGCAGGGUACAGCUAAAAUGUCCAAAGGCCGUUAUAAACAUUUGACACGUUUGCUACCUUAUCUCAAAACGGAAAGUGAGGAUUGCUUGUAUUUGAAUGUUUAUGUGCCCAGUGACAACGAUGCCACUUCAACCGAUAAGGAUGGUGGUGGUCCUGCUUUUGCUUAUGCCUCUGCAGCGGCUGCAAGUCGAGAUGAUAGUUUUAUGCAAAAACAUUUGUAUCCUGUUGUAGUCUACAUACAUGGUGAAUCAUUUGAAUGGAAUAGCGGAAAUGCUUACGAUGGCUCUGUGCUGGCCAGCAACGGUGAAGUUAUAGUCGUUACAGUAAAUUAUCGUUUAGGAAUUUUGGGUUUCAUGAGACCCAGCAUUAAUGAGAAUACAGUUGCAAACUUUGGCUUACUAGAUCAAAUAGCUGCUUUACAUUGGAUAAAGGAAAAUAUUCAUUCGUUUGGUGGCGACAAGGAUAGUGUCACAUUAAUGGGUCAUACAACGGGUGCGGCCUGCAUAAACUAUCUUAUGGUGUCACCUGUAGCUUCAGGUUUAUUUCAUCGUGCCAUUUUGAUGUCCGGUUCUGCAAUGUCUGAUUGGGCUGCUACAAAUCAUUCACUACAGCUGACAAUGCAAAUUGCUCAUGGCCUUAAUUGUCCGCUUAACGAUGACAAUGAAGAAAUGUUAUCAUGCUUGCGCCAAAAACGAUACCAAGAUAUUUUGAAAAUACGCACAACAUUGUCACAAUUUUCAACAUCAUUGGGUCCUAUUGUUGAUGGACAUGUCAUACCAAAUCAACCAUACAAAGUAAUGGGACAAUACACAGAACAUUUUAGUCGUUAUGAUUUAUUGUUUGGUAUCACUGAAUCUGAAUCGUAUCAUUCGUUGGGUGCCUUGGCUUUGGAGGAAGGAUUACGUGAAAAUGAACGUGAUAAUUUAUUGCGUUUCUAUAUGCAAAGUCGUUUUGAUGUUCGUCCCGAUUUAGCAUUAGCGGCUACACUAAAAAAAUAUAGUGAAAUGUACAACAAUCCUAUUAAGGCUACCAAUAUGGAACAUCGUGAUGUCGUUUUAGAUAUUUUAUCAGAUGCACGUGUUGUUGGACCACUAAUGCAGACAGGUUUAUUUCACGCUGACGUGAAUCGACAUAAUUAUAUGUAUGUUUUUGGACACAAUAGUUUUGGUGGACCACAUGCCAGUUUGCCACACAGUAUAGCGGGUGAAGAGUUGGCAUUUGUGUUUGGUGCACCGUUAGCAUCCGCUGGUCUCUUCCAUGGAACACAAUACACAGCACAGGAAAAACUUUUAGCCGAAGCUGUAAUGUCAUAUUGGUGUAAUUUUGCCAAGACUGGCAAUCCAAAGGCUCCCUGGAAGGGUAAUUUUAUUAAUUUGCAUGCCUUAGAAUGGGAUCGUUAUGACUUGGAAUGGCCGGAAUUUAAUAAACGUUCACAAGCAUAUAUGAAUAUUGGCAUACCACCAUCAGUGGGCUAUAAAUAUCGACAAGUCUAUAUGAAUUUUUGGAAUAAAGAAUUGCCCGAUGAACUCAAUCAAAUUGCACACAUACAGCAGCAGCCGUUCUUACAAACAAACAAUUACAAUGGCAACAGUAACAGUAAUAACAAUAACAACUAUGAUAAUGGAAAUGCUGCAGGCGGAAGUACAGCAAUUUAUCCCAAACGUUAUGGUGCAAAACUAGAUGUAAUAACCGGUCAUAUGAAUAAAUUUGGUGCACGUGAUAAUGGUGCUGAGGAUCCGCUACGAACAAUAAAACUAUUGCUGCAGGAACCAUAUUCGAAUGGAAAAGAGACACAGGCGGAGAAUAUGUAUAAUGCACCACCCUCUACGCAAUAUAAAGGUAUGGUAAUGUCGACUGGCAAUGUACCAGGAAGUAAUGAUGAUAAUGAUGAUGAUGAUGAUGAAGUUAAGGCUCAAGGCUAUGAAAUACGUUAUAAUGGUUAUGCUACUAAGACGACACGUUCUCCGUAUGCCGCCAUUUAUGGCUCACGACAAUUUGACACACAUUUUGGUAGUGGCAAUAGCGGCAUUGCUAAAACACAAGGUGUUGGAUAUGAUAAGAAAUACUUUGAUAGCAGCAGCAGCAGCAAGACAAACAAUGGCAAUUAUGUAAAUGAGGAUAACAAGCCGUCGGGAGAUGAAGCUGACAAUAGCGAACAUGUGGCCAAAUCAGAAACCACUUUACAUUUAUUAAUCGGCUUAAUUAUUGUAUUCAUCAUUUUGAAUGUCAUUAUUUAUUCAACGUUCUUGAUGCAAAAGAAAAAGAAAACCAAGACUUUGCAGCGCAAACUAGGAGGCGGCAUUUUAACCUACGACGGCACAACUGAUGAUGAUUUAAAAAGAUCCAAGACAAACACCACUCAUCAGGGAGAUGAUGGUGAUGAUAGUUUUAUAAUGGACACCAUGCGGAAGUCGAAUACUUAUGAGCAGGUUAAGACAGAGAGAUCACCAAUUAAUGGUUUCCAAAUAACCAGGCAAUUGAGCUGCUCCACUGUGGACACACACACGAAGGUAAGCGAGUGGAUUACCACCACCGAGCCUCACAAACAGGCCACUUUGCAGAGAAGACUUAGCAGUGGUAGAAACUCCAAAAAGUCUUCCUCGUUUUCUAGUUCCCUAAGAGGCAGCGGCUCUUUUGGCAAGCCGCAACCCUGCAAGGUAAGUGUGGCCAUAGAUGCCACACCUGAGGGCCGGGGCAGCGGUAUCUCGGAACAGGAGCCCAUAGAGAUAACCAAAAUGAAGCAGGAUGGCCGCAAUAUUAUCAUAUGCCAGGACAUAGAGGUAGAUGAUCAAGAGUUACUAACUCCUCAAGAUUCUUUGGACAACAGCCGCUACACCUUAAUGCGGCAGCACUCGGCUGUUACGGAGGCCUGUGAGGCCGAACUUAUACAGCCUAUGCAUCAGCAUUCCCGCUCAGAUCCAGUGGAAAUGUACUAUAACCAAAAUGAAAAAAUAACCAGUUUUAUUGCGAACGAGGACAAUGACAUGCAGGAUAUAAAUGUCACCAGCAAAGAUGAAGACUAUGAUGUGCCACAAGAAGCCCUUACAGCCGAACAGCAGUUAAAUGUUAUAAAACGAAGAAAAUAUCCAAAAGUUUUGCCCACUUUCAUGCAAUACGAAAGAGAAACAGAUUCUCCACCCAUGACCAAAGAUUUGAGUACCACUUACAAAAGAAAUUCCAUGCCACCCAAUGCCUACUUUCCACAUUUUGCUCACAUUAAACAGCAGCCACCCCUGCCACCACCCCGAACUAUAGCAACCUUGGGGCGAAAACCCUCAAUAGGCAGAAGAAAUAGUAACAAUAUUACCACCUCACCGCUGAUGCUGGCUCAUGACUAUGCCGAGGAGGAAGAGGAGGAGCCAGAAAUUACACAAAACACUUUAAUAGUGGGUUCAUUAAAACCCACUGAGGGUUAUUACUCAACCUUGAGGAGACACAAUAAACCAGCCAACUUAGAUACACAAACACCAAAUUACCAUAUUCCAUCACAGCAGCAAACAGCAACAGCAGCGGCAGCAAUAGCAUCAUCAGCACCACUACCCAUCAACCAGCAACAAUCAGUAUUUCAAUCAUUUGAAUCUCAGCCACCCAGCUAUAAGACGCCCGAAAGAGAUGUGACAGCUCAUCUAACGGAGAAGGUGUAUUGCAUACAGGCUACCCCAGCAAAUGACAAACAUCAACCUUCGUGUUCCAACUCAGAACCUACAACACCUCAGUACUAUGCAACGCCCACGGCCAUGAUAAAUGACUCGUAUGCGGCGGCGGCACUACCACCAGGUAUUGUAUAUGCCCAACCUAAAAAGUCUCAUAUACCACGUAUAUUAGCAAAUAAUGCAGCAACACCAGCAGCAGCAUCAUCAUCUAAUGCAAGUCUAAUACAUUCCAGUAUAAACGAGAAUCAUGUUGGUGUGUAUUCUCAGGCCUCUUCAAGCGAUGCUGUUGCAUACAAUUGUAAAGAUACAACUAAUUGCUGUCAGGUUGUGCCAAAGGUACCAAAUGACAAUCAAAUGUCAUCUGGAGAAACUUUACAAACACCUGAUAUAAAUACAACAGUGGCAGGAACAAUGCUACAAACACGUAUACCACAAUUACAUAGAAAUGCAAAUCCAGCCACAAUACAACAGCAACAACAACAAAAUAUCAAUAUUGAUAAAACAAAUGCAAAUAUAAUACCCAAGGCAACAAUAAAGACACCUAACAUAUUGACAGCAGCAACAGCAACAGCAACAGCAAACAAACAAACUUUACCAUUAACACCAAACACAGCAACCACAACAACUGAAUUAUCCUCAACAAAAGUAUUAUCCUCAGCUUUAUCAUCACCAGCAGCAGCAACAACAUUAUCGACCUCAUUAGCAGCAUCAUCAAGUUCUUGUGCAAAAACAACGACACUGACAACACCUUCUUUGACUUCUUCCGCCUUUGGUAAUUGCAAAAGUUAUGAUGUCGCAACACCAAAGACAUGUUCUAAUAAAACAUCAUCAAUAACUUCAUCAUCAUCGUUGUCAUCCUCAUCGUCACUACAAUCAGAUUCAGGCUCAUCGUCGUCAGCAACUUCAUCAUCUACCGGUACCGUACGCACUGAACUGCAACACAAAUGAGAGAGACAAGUGUAAAAAUAUAAAAAUCAUCAAUUGUCAGGUGUUGACUUAGUAUCUAUUCUGUAUUCUGUAUGUAUUUUCGAUGCAUCUAACACUAGCAUAUGACUUGAUUUUUGUAAAUAUAUUUAUUUUAUUUUUAUGCCAACUUGAUUCUGCUCAAUAUUCAUCUUAUUAUGGGGAUAUAAAAUAUAUUAUUUUUAUUUUAUUGUUACACCUACAGACA